UAUAACACAGAGCAGCCUGCUGCUCUCACAUCAUUUUAACAGCAAGGAAGUCUAGGUUAUAGACAGAGGGAGAGAAAAAGGUGUUUAGAACAGCACAAAGUAGAGGAAGGCGAGAGCUAUUAACAGUGUGAUAAGAUUACUGCUAUUCAACAUUCCAGGACUGGACAAGGAAAUCAUGAUGAAGCUGUUUUGUCUGUUGCUGCUGCUGCUUGCUAAUUCCAUUGCUGCUGUUCCUCUGGAAAACUCAGGUAGAGAAGAACAACCCAUCCUGCCCUCUCAGGCCUUAAGCACAGGACCAAGCCCUACUGAGGCAAAGUCUCGCUUUGCCAUGCUGGACGAUGUUCGCCUACUUGCGAACGGCCUCCUUCAGCUGGGCCAGAGUUUACGGGAGUUCGUCCACAAGACCAAAGCCCAAAUCAACGACAUCUUUCAAAAGCUGAACAUUUUCGACCAAUCUUUUUACCAGCUCUCAGUGGUCACGUCAGAGAUCAAGGAGGAAGAGGAGGAGCUGAAGAAGACCACCAAUUUCUUGAAGGCCAACAAUGAGGAGAUUAGGAACCUGUCACUGGAAAUCAACUCUAAGAUCAACAGCAUCCUGCAGGAGCGUACACAGCUGCAGAGCAAGGUGGGGAGCCUUGAGGAGAGGCUGAAGGGACUGUCACAGAGUAUAGUCCCUGCUGACCAGCUUAGUGAAAUCACAACACUCAAGGAAGUGAUUGAAGCUCAAGAGAAAACAAUCACCAAUCUGCUGAAAGCUGUGAAAGAGCAGCACGAUCAACUUGACCACCAGAAAGUCAAGAUUAAAAACCUGGAGGAAAAGCUAAGCUAUGACAGUUUUCAAGAUACGGUCGAUAAGCCAGUGGAUUCAGACGCUGCAGCUCCUAAUAUGUUUGAAUAUCUGAUGGGAAACUCAACUGGUCUGGACACAAAUGAUCUCCCCAUAGACUGCAGUGAGUUGUUUAAAAAAGGGGAGGCAAACAGUGGAAUCUAUGUCAUCAAGCCAAACCGAUCAGAGCCAUUCAACGCUUACUGUGAAAUGGGUUCAGAUGGAGGUUCAACUGUCAUCCAACAGAGGAUCGAUGGUUCAGUGGAUUUUGACCAGACAUGGGAAAAAUAUGAGAAAGGCUUUGGAGAGCUGGAAAAGGACUUCUGGCUGGGUUUAAAGAAGAUCCACAGUCUUGCACAGCAGGGAGCUUACAUCCUACAUAUUGAUUUGGAGGACUGGAAGGAGGAGAAGCACUGGGCUGAGUACCGAUUCUCACUGGACGGUCCUUCGAAGGACUACACCCUCCAUGUCAGCCAUUUCUCUGGUGACCUGCCUGAUGCCAUGGCCAACAGCACCGACAUGAGAUUCUCCACAAAAGACAGAAAUAAUGAUAACCACCGAAACUCCAGCUGCACUCGCAAUAACACAGGUGGUUGGUGGUUUAACGGCUGUGGAGAAACCAACCUUAAUGGAAGAUAUCUGUGGCUGAGAACAAAGGGACGCUCUGUAAGGAGGAAGGGCAUUUACUGGAGGCCUGGUACAGGGCCCUCAUAUUCCCUCAAGAUGACCAAGAUCACCAUGCGACCAGCCCUAACUGCUGAAAGUGUCAACUGAACCCCACAACUCAUACCUUCUCCUAAAAUAUACUGGCAUCUUUCACAAACAGUAAUAAUAUCUAAUGCUUAUCCAGAAUGUUUCAUAGACUGGGAAAGCGAAGUAACACAGGCAUUAUAUAUGUCUAUGACUCUAAAUUCUUAGUUUAUGUGCAACAUUAAGCUGAUUGCUUCCUGACACCAUUUUGUUAAGAGACUGAUGCUGACCAACAGAUAACAGGCCAAAAAUGUCCGAAGUCAGAAAGCACUGAACUGUCUCAAUGAUGCAACAAAUGCCACACAGGUCGUUAACCUACUGGGUCUGAUCCAGCGAGGACAGUGGAACUGUUAUUAUGCAACAUCUGCAAUCACUUGCGAAAUGGACAUAUUGAUCCAUAAUCAACAGCCUGAUUCAGUGCUGGUUGCAAAAUGUCACAGUACUGUAGUAGGAGAGAUUUCUGUUAGGAGAUAUUACAAAUACAAUUGGUAUAAUUGCUUGGCUUUCUUUUUGGUGAACUUGCACAUUUGCCAACUUCUAAACUAUUUAAAAAUUCUAUUUUUGUGAUUUUUGUGACUAGCAUGUUCCCAGGAGCUACACACACACACAUAUGUAAACAGGUUAUUACAUAAAGCAUGCAAAUGAUAUAAGCACUGCAAACCCUGCUUCUCCUACCUUUCAAAAAGUGUCUAUACUGGUGAAUUUUUCCAAUAAAGCCUUGUAUUUUUUUCUAGUAUUAUACACUGCUUCACCCCCAGUGUCAUUGUAAUAAAUCUAAUAAGUGGGGGCAAUGUCAGCAGUCAAAUACAGUACAAAAAGUUGGAGAUGCAAAGCUUUGGCAGCGUACUGAUAAGCUUUUCUCCUUUGUUUAUUCUAUGUUCUCUGUUUUUUACUCUGUAAAGUAUUUAAACCAUGUUCAUGCUAUGAUAUGAUUAACACUGGUACUGUUAGAAAACAUAAUUUCCGUGUAUUUCCUAUGUUAUUGAGUCAUAUUGACUCUUUUCAUUAUUUCAAUAUAACUAACUGUAUUUGUAUUUGUAUGUGCCUCAUACUAACAACGUCGCCCUGACAAGUAGCUAUGUGCUAUGUGCAAAUCAUAUUUAUGAAGACAAAAUAAAAAUCUAAAAUGAC